AGAAAACAGUUACUCCAAGGAGCAAACGUACAAUGUUUUUUACUUUCUCACACGGAUAUCGUGUUGAGGAAAAUGAACUUCGAUAUUUCCUUCUCAGACGCUAUGGCAAGAAAUGCAUAGAGAGACUCCAUAUGCAGCGAGUUCGUCUUGAAGAGCAAUCAUUAUGGGCUCGAAUCGUUUUCACUUCUCCAACUACAGUAGGGAAAAUUCUUGGAGGAGAAACAAAAGCUAGAUUCAUUAUUAAUGGAAAGCAUGUUUGGGCUCGGAUUUUUGUUGACAGAGAUGAGCAAGGUGGUGGUAUCAACCGGUCCCGUGAUAUGAGAGCAAGCAGCACUGGAGACCAUCAAGUACUUAAGUAGGAUUACAAUAUGCAUUGCGUAAACCAGCAACUUUCCGGCAUGUCCGAUGAUAAUGAUUGUAUUGCA